GUUGAAGCCAUUGCAGCCUAACUGAUUCAGAACCGUCACCAUGGGCUUCCAUGAGAUCCAUGGUAAAAUCUGGAACUGGAGCUCUAUGGGCCUUGGUACCUCCAGCUGGAAGGAUACACUGAUUUUGACUAUGUACCUCUUGCUGGUCUUGUACGUUGGCCUACGGGCUUUAUCCAGAGACCGUUCAACAAUAAAAGGCUUCUUCCUAGCUGACCAAAAUCUCACAUGGUGGCUGAUAGGUGCUUCUCUUUUUGCUGCAAACAUUGGCAAUAGCCACUUUAUUGGCAUGGCAGGGAUAGGAGCGUCUUCAGGGAUUACUAUUGGGGCCUUCGAAUGGAAUACUAUAUUUAUGCUCCUUAUUCUUGGUUGGGUAUUUGUUCCGAUUUACAUUAAAGCUGGGGUGGUAACACUGCCAGAAUAUUUGAGAAAGAGGUUUGGUAGUAUCCGGCUCCAGGUCCUCGUUUCUAUUUUGGCUAUAUUCAUUGAUGUCAUCUGUAGGAUUUUGGUGGAAAUCUGCUAUGGCGCCAUGUUUUUGAAAAUUGCUUGGGACUUGGAUGCUUACCAGAUCAUACUGAUAUUGCUGGCAAUUGCUGGCACUUAUACUGUCACAGGUGGUUUGGCUGCUAUGAUUUAUACUGAGACUUUACAUGCUACCAUUAUGCUUUUUGGGUCCACUGUGUUAAUGGUCUAUGCUUUUGGAAAAGUGGGAGGAUACAAGCAGCUACAGCACAACUACAUCUACGCCAUCCCAGGGAAGAUCAGUGAAGGAAACUGGACAGCCAAGUCAAAGUGCUACAUCCCUCACUCAAACGCUUUCCAUCUCUUCCUAAGUUCCUCCUCCGGCGACUUCUCCUGGCCCGAACUCAUCUUUGGUGCCACUACGCUGUCCUUAUUCUAUGGGAGUGCUGAUCAGGUUUCUGUCCUGCGGGCCCUGGCAGGCAAGAACAUAUCUCACAUAAAAAUUGGCUUCAUUCUGUAUGGGUACCUGAAGCUGUUGCCCAUGUUCCUCGUGGUGAUGCCAGGAAUGAUCAGCCGCACUUUUUACCCAGACCAAGUGGCAUGUGUUGUACCUUCAGAAUGUGAAAAGCACUGCGGCGCCAAACACAGUUGUAGCCCCGUCGCCUAUCCAAGGCUGGUGAUAUCACUACUACCUACUGGCCUACAGGGCUUGAUGCUGGCUGCAGUCUGUGCCACCAUCAUCUCCUCCCUGACUUCUGCUUUCAACAGUAUCAGUGCCCUGUUCACAAUGAACAUAUAUACCUGGUUGCGGCCUAGGGCCUCUGAAAAUGAGCUCAUGAUAACAGCAAGGUUUUUUAUUAUAAGCUUACUUGCUACCGCCAUUAUUUGGAUCCCUAUUACAGAAACAGCUUACAGUGAAAAAUUAUUUGAAUACAUGCUGAUGACAAGGAGUUGCCUGACACCACCCAUCACUGCUCUCUUCAUACUGGCUGUGUUUUCCAAGAGAGUCAAUGAGGAGGGUGCCUUCUGGGGGCUGUCUUUUGGGAUUAUGAUUGGCUUCUGUCGAAUGCUGCCCGAACUUAUCUACGGACACAGGACCUGUGAGGACCAAAAGUGUCCUCAGCCCUUUUGCAGCAUACGCUACCUCUAUUUUAGCAUGCCCCUCCUCGUGGUCAGUCUUAUCAGCAUGCUGGUGAUCUCCUUCUUCAGACACCCAAUUCCAGAAAUACAUCUCCACAGGCUCUGCUGGAGCUUACGAAAGAGCCAAGAUGAGCGGGUAGACCUGGACCAGGACAGAACGUGGAAGAGACUCCCCAGAUUCCCAGCCACACCAACUAUGUUCCGGCAUUCCCAAAGCUACUUCUGGGAGGCCCUCCAACUCUAUUUUGGCCUGGAGCCACAGCUGAAAUCCACGGUGACCCCUAAAAAGGCCUCCAAAGAGAUAAAUGCAACUGAGGAGAAGGUGGAGGCAACUAGGAAGAGGAAAUAUAGUGACGCUUUGGAAGGUGAGGAAGACGUGGAGCAACAUGACAUAUCAGAAGAUUCAGUCGUCCUGGAUCAAGGAGAGCUAUCUGGGAAGAGAAAGGCAACCAAGGAGAAGGUGGAACAUACAAAGAGGGGUGGUAUGUUGGAAAAUUCCUCCAUGAAGAGGGUGAUCAGUGCCAGUGGGACCAUCCUGAUCACACUCGUGGUGCUCGGCCACGUCUAUUUUGCCUGAAUCAGCUCAAGUCUGGGCUGUCUGGAGGGCACCAAGGCUACUGCCUUUCCCAGACUUUCAAUCAAGAAAGACAUGAAGUGUUUCCUCCCCAAGAAUAUGGGGUCAACAUUUAAGCCAUCGAAAACGCUCUCUCAGUGUCAUGUAUCAAAUGCGACCAGCCACAGGGGAAUGGAUUUUGUGGAAUGCUUGUUCUGACUUUUGUUCCUUCUUCUAUUUAUAUACAUUAAUUUUCAUAAAGCUAAUCUUAUAUUCCUGAGACAUUUAAAUCCCAGUUGGCUUUGGUAUAUAAUGCUUUGGAUUUGCUUUUCUCAUCUUUUUUUGAGUUUUUUCAUUAUAAAGAA